AUGCCAAUAAACCUACACUCUCUCUACCUCACUACACUAGAUGACAUUACAUCCAUAGCCAUGUAUUGUUUUGCCUCUAGCCUCACCUCUAAAGCCGGUGUUAUUGGCAAUAGUGCCAAACAGAUUGAUAGUAUAUUGGCUUGGAGCAGGAGUUAUAUGGCUAAAGAUAUCAAAUUUGGUGUUGAAGCUUAUGCCUUGAUGCUUAGUGGUAUGGAGGAGCUUGUUGAUGUUGUUAAAGUUACCGUAGGCCUAAAGGAUGUAAUAGUUAAGAACAUAGGUGUUAGCUUUGUGAACCAAGUUGCAAAUGCUAUAGAUGAUAUGGUAGGCAAUGCCGGAAUGAAUGCUAUGGACCUAAGACAUGGGAUCUUAAUGGCGAUUGAAGCUGUUGUGACAACAUUGAAGAGUAGGGCAAAGAUGAUCAAGCAUAUCCGAGGAAAUAGCCCAGAGUUGGGAUAA